AUGAAAAAUAUUCUUCCAACUAAAGAAAAUCUGCUUGGUAAAGGAGUCGCAUCUGAUGGUUUAUGCCCUCUCUAUCAAGUCGACACGGAGAAUUCCUGUCAUCUUUUCCUUCGCUGUUCUUUUAUUAAACGAGUUCUAUUUUCCAACCCAUUGGGAAUUAGAGUUCCGGAAGAAGGUGAUGUCGCUGAUUGGUUAGAUGCUAUCUUUACAAGGAAGGAUUUUAAACUUGGCCAGAUUGUUGCUAUCUUUAUGUGGAAAAUUUGGAAAGUCAGAAAUUAUGUGAUUUUUAAGAAUGCGAAGGCAGACCCAUGCACGGUGGCUGUGGAUAUUUGGAAUGCUGUCAGUGAGGAAUCACAUUCAUGUCUCCUUGCUGAGUCUCGCAGAAAUCAGCCCAUGGCGGAUGCGAGCAGUCCAAAGGGAUGGGUAGUGCAAACCGAUGCGGGAUGCUUCGAGGAAGGAAUUAUUUCCUUCGGCUGUGUGAUUCGCGAUCCUUCCUCCAACAUAUUUCUUGCUGCUACAAAAAGAAUCCAUAGUGUCACCAAUCCUGCAACUGUCGAAGCUAUGGUUAUUCGUUGGGCAUUGCAAAUGGCAAAAGACUUGGGACUUUCGGAGUUUGUUAUCCAAUCGGACGCGUUGACGGUUGUGGACUGCAUUAAUGGAUGUUUUAUAUAUGCUGAUCUGAAUCCUAUUGUUUUUUAUUGCAAAGUUUUAUUGUCCAGUUUUAAUAGUGUUGGAAUUAUGUUCAUUAACAGAGCUGAAAAUGUAGAAGCUCACCAGCUAGUUGGUAUUGGCAGGUCAAUAGGAUCUAGAACAUGGACUGGGCAUAUCCCAAACUUAUGUCCUGUAAUUUGUAAUUCACUUUCUGUUUCAGUUUAA